GCAGUAUGUGACAACCUUGCAAGAUACAUAGUCUACAUGCCUCGAUACUUAGCUGCGUGCAUCCGUCCAUACGUGCUUUUCUUCCUUGGACUGCCUCGCCUCCUUCCUCCUUUUGAACCUGCCCUGCCCUACCAACCUUACCCUGCUCCAAACUGGGCCCAAGACUACUCGUGCACCACUUAAGGAAGGCACAUAUCCGCACCCACCUCUCGUCUCCUCUACACCCCCCUUCCUGAAAUAUUGUUUGCUUGCCUGCACCUUGCAUUGUGCUUCUACAUACUCGUCCCCGACCUGCCCUCACUCGACCUGGACUUGUACUUGGACUUGGAACCAUCCUCGACUCCUCGACUGCUCGACUCGAUCGUUUUGUCUGCCCUGGACUGGAGUCAUCCUGCGCAACACUCCGCCACCGACCUUUCUCGUCCUGUUCUUCUCUGCUGCUGCUGCUGCUGUUGUGAUACACAAGCGUCGUUUUUCUUUGGGACAUUGCCAGCUUCGCCCUGUUGUUUACUUGCACCUUUUACACGGUCCCUUUUUUCCCAUACCGACAAUUUGGAGCGCCUUCUUGCUGUUGUUUGCCUGGCGACUGUUGCUGCCGUGAUACCUACCAAAAUACCUUCGCAAAUAAAUAUCAGCCGACAUCAGCAUCCCCAGCCAGAACCGAAGCCUGGCCCAGCAUCUGCAUCUGCAUCUGCAUCAGCACCAGCAACUUGCGCCAGCGCAACACACCAACAUCCACUAUUCUCUCGACCGCCCACCGGUUCCUCUGUGGUGCCGACCGCUGUCCGUGGCGCCCAGAUAUCUACCUGGCCCGGUCCCGUUGUACACGACUCAAUCCACCCCAUGGCGCAUUGAGUCCUGGCCAACUUGCCCCCUCAAACUACCACACUCCUCGAGAUAAAUGCAACAGGCCCGGCAACCGCUGCACAAAUACUGUUGACUCGCUCCCUCAACGUCAUUUCUUGACUCUCCCACGUGAACCCACACGACCCUGCGGCGCAACCUCGCAUCCUUGCGGGUUUAAACCUCGGAAUCCCCUCGCCUAACCCACAACCACUCGUCCGAUCACAUCAGCUCCGAGACCCGAGCCCUGCCCAUCAUGGACAUCCGCGGCGCGCGACCACCUGGUCCCCCCUCUAUAUCAAUCUAUGACGAUGACCGGUAUGGCUCAAGCCAGAGGCCCUUUGGCUCGCAUGGCCCUUUCAACCCCAGUUUUGACCGAAUGCUCUCUCCCGGCGGGGUGGGAAUACCUAAUGCGCCCUCCCACGAGAACCCACCGCCUGCCCUGCCUCCACCGCGUUUUGUGCCCGUCGACGGGCCACAACCACAUCAUAACGACUUUUUCGAACGGCAGCGCAAGGAAUCCUACAAUGAGAGCUUCUUCGGAGGAAGGAGCGAGAGCGGUUAUGGCAGCUGGAAGAGGUCUGGCGCAGACGAGUUUGCCGACUACCGCAGGAGGGAAAGCAACACUACCCUGACCGGCAAGGACGAGGGCUACUCGAGCUUGUCAAGUUAUGCCUCCUCGGCAUCGCGAGACAAAGGCCCCAGUUUCCGUGUGCACGACCACUACAAAUUCCCCUCGGGCGACUCGUAUGAUAACCAGCAGCUCAAGAAACUAGAUGCGAAGAAGGGCCUGGACAACAGUGUACCGUCCCGCGGAUCAGCGUUGAGCGCAUCCAUGCGCUCGCUGCAGGACGGCCCGUCUCCCACGUGGCACUCCUCCGACCGGCCCCAUAUCCAACUGCCUCAACUAUCGCUUCCUACCCGCUCCAAGCCAAUCCUCGAAUCCACGCCUUACGAGACACCUCUGAACUCGGCCGUGUCUCCUCGUAGUACGCCUUUUGCGCAAUUGGCUCGGUCGCAAGACUACCGGUCGCCAACAGAACCACAGUCAGCAACCGAUUUUGAUCGAAGCCCCUUUUCGAGGGCCCGGAGACAGAACUCGGGCGCGUUCCCGGGCGACCUCACGCCGGCGGACACCUACGAUCAUGAGAUGGAGUUCCCUAUGGACGAGACCAACCGUUUGCGCCACAUCCACCUGGACGAAGGCCAGCACUCCCGCGUCAACAGCUUUGAUACCCAGUGCCAGAGCCUAAAGCGUCGGGCUUCCAGCCCGCCUGUUGAAGAGCCUGCUCUCAGGAACGCAUCUAGCCAUAGUGACCUCCUUCGCCGCCGCGAGGGCAUCUCAAGGGGUAGCCCAGCACCGCGGCUGUCCGUCAACCCGCCCCACGGUAGCAUAUCUUCUGUUUCGUCGGGUGACCGAAGUGGAAGCCUCGGAGGAUUGAGCACAGCCACCAGCAUGACCUCUUCGCUGUCUUUUGGCCGGAGAUCGCCCAUAGGAUUAUCACCAAGUGGCUUGUCGCCAACAGACGUGGCAAGCUCACCCUUUGCCACUCCAAACUCAUUGACGCUCAGCCCGAGGACAACAAUCGUACCUCGGACCGGGUUGCACCAGAGGGGACCAAGCGACCAGAGGAACAUGGUCAGCCCUAGGAAGCUGACCGAGCCGACGUUGCGAACGAACAACGGCGUUGGGAAAAUCCAAGGAUUCUACAUGUGUGACUGCUGUCCCAAGAAGCCGAAGAAGUUCGACACUCGUGAAGAGCUAGGCGCCCACGAGGCUGAGAAACAGUAUGAGUGUGCCUAUUGUGGCAACAGGUUCAAGAACAAGAAUGAGGCUGAGCGACACCAAAAUUCACUUCACGUACGACGACAUUCAUGGUCUUGCUCUGCGCUUGCGACUUAUGACAGGGCCUUCCACGAAUCAACUACGCGGCCUGGUGAGGCCGACACCUGCGGUUAUUGUGGUGAGGAGUUUUCCCGAUCGGGUCUGAGCCCGGCGGGCCAUGUGCGGCAUGUCACCGAACAGGACUGGGAUGAGCGAGUGCGUCACUUGCAAGAUCACCACAAGUUCCGCGAGUGCAACAGCUCCAAGAAGUUCUACCGGGCCGAUCAUUUCAGACAACACCUUAAGCACAGCCACGCGGGAACGAGCGGCAAGUGGACCAACAUGCUGGAAAACGCAUGCAUGAUGGAAGAGGAGCCACCGCAACCACCCGGGAGGUGAGGCGAGCCCUCAGUAAUGGAGCUAUGAGGUAUUCCAGCCGGAGCAGGCCGGCGGUGAUAACGCGCAUCCGGGAAACAGCAUGGCGCAGACGCGCGGGACUUUGUGUGUGAGGCCUCGCGAGGGUGAGAGGCUGCAAACACCAACAGGCUGGGCUGUAGACCCCGAAUGCGACCAAUCACCCUGUUGUGACAGUCCUGUGGCCGCGAGCCGGCCUUGGUCGCCGGGGGGGGAGACCGCGACAUCGCGACAUCUGGUGUGUACGACGUGUCCGGGAAAUUCAGGCGAGCUGCAUGGGUCAAGGCGACGCUUGGGGCGCUCGGAUUUGCGGGCAACGCACGCGCACGCGGUCUGCGGAUGGGGCUGGCUAGAGCGUCCGUCAGCAGUAGGGCUGGGAACUCCGACGUCUCGAAGCAGUCCGCUGCUGUGGGGGACGCCUGACACCACACAAGGUAUGCCGUAUGGGUGUACUGGUAUAAUUAUUCUAUACGUUUAAAGCCGCAUGCAGUCAGACAGACAGACGUUGGUCGCUGGCAUCGCGACAACAAAUGCAGAAAAACGAUUCCCCCCG